UGAAAUUAGCUAAAUGUUAGCCUAUAUUUAUACGUUUAUUUAAACAGUGACAGUUUUAAAUUUAUAGACAACGUCAACCACAAAGUGUUCAACUACAGUUGGUGAUAAAAAGCAAUGCCUUGUUUCGUGUCAAGCGACCAAACAUCAGAAAGUGUUAAGUGACGCGGGGUGGAGGGUGCAAUGAUUAGGAACAAACAAAACUACACAAAAUUGUGUAUUGGCCAAAGCUGUUUCAGCUUUAGCAAAAUGGAAAGAAGCCAAGAUGAUGGUCAGCAGGAGGGAAAUCUUACUGGUUGUUAUAGCAGCCCCCGCCAGCGGCAGCAGAAACUGUUAUUCUCACACACACAUCGUAAUCGCUCUCUGUCUGCGCUCUCACACACCUAUACACACACGCUCUGACAACGACACCGACGCGCCUCUUGCAAACUUUUUAAAGCGGACGCCAACGUUGGGGCCUCACUGAUCGUUGUUUGGUGUCUCACUGAUCUUUUCGGCGUGGAACGGUAAAGACCUGUGGAGCAGCGAUUUCCGCCGCUCAGGAAGAGUGCAAAAGCAACGCAAAGCAAAAAUAGCAAUAUUCAUUCAAUCAAAUAAAUAACCAAGUGUGUGUGAGUGUGUUUCUGUGAAUACUCGGCCACUACAGGAAGAGAUCAUUUGGCAAAAGAAAGAGAAGAAGCAGCAUCAGCAGCAGCAAUCAUAUAUACAUACAGAAACAUAUGUAUGCAGUGUAAAAGAGAUGCAAAGAAAAGUGCAAAGCGAAAGUUUAAUUGUGGCAGCCAAGCAUCAUUUUCUCUCGCUCUCUCUCCGUCAAUAUCGCGCGUGUUGGAAAACUAACGGCACCCGACACAUUCCAAGGAAAGAGUGAAAAAAGUGUCUGGUUUGUGUGUGGAAAGAUUUACAGUGAUUUCCCAUAAAUUGAUGUUAGGAUAUUGGCCAGAUGUGUUUAUUAAAUGAUUGUGCGCACUGUAUGUUAUUAUGGCCUUAUUGAAUAAACUGUUCUUUCCGUCGGCAUCAGCAGCAGCAACCCCAUCAACGGUAGCGGCAGCCGCAGCACCCACGCACGCGGCGUCCGCGUUCGCGUCCCAACAAACCGCAGCAGCGCUAAUUAAUAGCCAAACAACAACAUCAUUACCGGCAGCGUCGGCGUCACGUACAACUCACGCCUCCCCCGCCUCCGCACAUGCCUCUGCCUGUGCUGGCAGCGGCAAUAGUUCGUCGUCCGCAAAAGCUACAAAACAAACUUCGCGAAAUUAUCUAAGUCGUUUCCCCUUCGAGGGCAGCCAAGUGCGUGUGCUGCUCUAUAAAGAGGAUGAUACACGUCGCCUGCUCUUCGAUUCCAAUGCCCUGCAGAAGGUGACGCAUAAGGAGUCCACCUCAGCCAGUGGGAAAUUCGUGAAGAAUGAAAAGUACACAUCGCUGCAGAACGGCAAGAUCCAGGCCAAGGCACAUUCCAGCAGCAAUGGCAGCAACUUUAUCGAUGUGUGCCCAGAUUAUGGCUACAAGCACAAUCGUCCCUCUGGUGCGGAUAUCACGCCACUGGGGGAGAUGGUCUUUGGCUCGCUGCCAAUGUCCUUCUGUGGCACCGCCCUUAAAGUACACUGGCUGCCCGAACCGGCGAGGAUUCUGUGCUCACAGGUGUACCUCACGCCCACCAGCAGCAGCAGCAUCGGUGGAGCGGGCCACUCGCCCUAUUCGACGCUCUCCAUGAACAGCCUGGCCACGCCGCGCAGCUCCAUUUGCAGCGAACACGGCUCCAUGGAUGGUCUCUCGAUGAACUCCUUCUCCAUGCCCUUCAGCGUGAGUGUUGGUCGCCAGAUGAGCCUCACGCCACCCCUGGAUGUGCCCGCCCCCGAUCAGCAGUCGCUGUCUACCGUUCAUUCAAGCGAUUCGAGCGGACCGCGUUACUCCUCCACGUACAGCAAUGCCACGGAUUCUGGCUACUCGGCCAGCGGCAGCGGCAGUGGCAGUGGAAGUGGAUCAGGCGGUCCCUACUCGAGCGGGGAUCAGUGGUCGUAUCAGUAUUCCACACGCAGCAGCCUGGGCAGCGUGAUAUCCGACCAGUCGGAUGCCAUGCGUAAGCUCAGCAUGGACUCGGCCUUCUCGGUCAGCUCGCCGCAUCUGGAGGAGUUUGCCAGCGACGGCUGCCUGCAGCGACGAAUCUCGCGCAAUCUGCGCACCUCCUUCGAGAACGAGCAUUCCAGGAACGACUUUAUCGGCUUCCUCAGCGACAACUACACGCUGGCGAAUGGCGGCAGCUCUAGCCAGGGAUCGGGCAAUGGCAAUGGCGGUGGCGGUGGCGGUGGCAGCGAGGGCGGCGGCAUGGGCCCACCGCAGUACAGGCGCGCCAGCUACUGUGCCAACGAGUCGCGUAGCAAUCCAGAGAUGGGACGUCGUCAGGCCAAUCUGCGGCGCCGGGCCAAGCUGGGACUGGCCGUGUGCAUCACCAUGAGCGAGUCUUUCGAGGAGGAGAUGGAGCUCUUCUGCAGCGAACACAUUGCGCUGCUCGAGUCCAUGCUAAGUCGCCUGCGAGCCAGCACAGAGCAUGCGUACAUCAAUCACAAGAACUUUUUGCAGAUCAUGUUCCAGGCCUGGCAGGACACACAGCAGUGGUUCAAUGAUCUCUUUACGGCGCCACGCAUCAAGACGCCUGUCUGGCUGAGCAUCACCACCAGCGGCAGCAAGUACUCCAAGACUGUGGCCGAACGUUUCAUCAAGGAACUCUGUGAUUUGUUGUCCUUUGCUGAUACCAAGGACUCCAAUUUCUUCAUCAGCACCAUGCUGACGGGUAUUCUAACGUACCAUCUGGGCUGGGUGGCCACCGUCUCGGCCUUCAAUAGUUCAGGUUCGAGACGCUCAGAUUCCUCUGCCUCCUCGGCAGCCAUUGAGCAGAGAGCCAAACUGCUGCAAGUGGCCCAGAAGCAUCCGUACAAUGCACUGUGGGCGCAGCUGGGGGAUCUGUAUGGAGCCAUUGGCAUGCCGCCCAAGCUGGUGCGCACCAUCAUCUAUGGAGCGGAGAAGCUGUGGGUGGAGAAGCUCCUUAAUGUUCUCACGUAUUUCAUACGCUGCAGCGAGGUGCGGCGCACGGCCAAGCGGGAGGACUUCAACAAGCAGCUGAUCAACGAUCUGGUUAAUCAGAGCCAGAACCUGCAGAGUCAGGAGCGGCACAAGAGUCCACCCUCGCAGCUGAGACGCACAGGCGGCCUGAGCAGGGUGGCCACCUGCAAACAGAAUCUGAAUGCCAUUGUGGACGAUGUGGAUGAUGGCGGGGAGCAGCUGCUGGACUGCUGCGAGGACGAGGAUGAUAGGGAUUUGGGGUCGGACGAUCAGGCAGAUCAAGAUGGCAUGCAGACGCUGAAGAAGAACGAAAUCCCCACUGUUCUGGCCUUCCGUGACUCUCAUUUUGUGCAGCAGGAGCUGCGUAUUGGCAACUACCUGAUGGAUACUGGCAUCGACAAGAAGACGCUGCUGGCGCGGCAGGCACAGCAGUACUUUCGCACCGGCAAGGAUGGGCGGAUACGGCUGACAGUCACCACGCCGGACAAUGUGGAGCUGAGCAUGGAGGAUGAGUCGAAUUCGGGCUCGGGCUCUGUGGGCACAGGCGGCGGCAGCAUCGAUGAUGGUGCCAUCGAGGCCAUUGAGUUCGAUGAUGCCACAGAAACGGCACCAGCCACCACCGCUGGGCGCAAGAAGAGUUUCUUCUGGAACAUGGUGCCCAUGGCGGCUGGCGUGAAGGAGGGUCUGAGCCUCAGCGAUCUGGCCAAGCUGCAGCAGGGCAUUAAGAUCAUCAAUCGCAAGCUGGAGCGGCGUUGCAGCAGCUACUCUGUGGAGGGAAAUCCAGAUGGCAUUGAGAAACGGGGAGCCCUGGACACGGACGACUUUGAGCCACUCACCCACGAGAGGCGCGCCUCGCAUCUGUCGCUGUCGGAUCUCAUCACGCAGAACAGCAUGGGCAAGAGCGAUCGCAUGACCUGGGGCAUUGAGCCCAUCAAGGAGAACGUCAGCCUGGAGGAGCAGAUUCACUUUGAUCACUGCCACAAGCUGAUCGAGCGGGAGCAUGGCAUCUGCAGGCAGACCGCCUCGGACAAUGGCAAUGGUGUGGUCUUUGUGCUGGGCGACAACGAGCCGCUGAUCAAUCUGAAGAAGAGCAACGAAGAUCUCACAGAGGAACCAAAGCCAGCCGCCGCACUCAUGCUGUGUGCGCAGCAUCAGCGCACACACGACGUGGCCAGCAUGGCCAAGAAGCACUCUGGAAUGAAGUUCAACUUUGAGCAGUACCCACAGAUAGCCACCAACUACAUGAAGAGCAAGAAUCUGGUGCUGUCCAACAACUACGAUCUGCUGAUGGACAAGGCCACCAAGCUGGAGGCGAGCGAGGCGGCCCUCAAGUCGAGCGACAGCAGCGUGACCCUGCACCAGCAUCCCGAGCUGGCAACCAGCAGCAGCUCCAUCGGACCCAAUGCCAACUCCAAUCCGAGCACAACGCCAGCGUUGGGCAGCGAGCGAUGCAUUGUCUGCAGCAGUGGCGGAAUGAUGGGCCCCUCGGCUACCUAUCAGACGCCCUCCAAUGCCACGGAGCUGGAAUUUGAGUCGGACGAGGUGCACUCCUAUAAUCAGAAUCAGAGCAACAGAACCCUGCAGUCUGUGAACUCUGCGGCCUCCAUAGACACACUCAAGUCAGCGCCAGAGCCACCACAGCCAGCGGCUACACAGCAGACGGGAUUCACGCGGAAACAGCAGCCGAAGCGUGUGCCCUCGGGUCGCAGUUCCAUCUCCUCGGUGGCCGCCAAGUGUGCGGCAGUGAAUGUGUCUCAGCAGCUGCUGAAGCUACCCGUACCUGGCGUCAAGGAGCUGCCGCAGGACGAUGAACCAGCGGGCGAUCAGUUGCGCGCUGGUUUUAUACCCUCGCUGAUGCUGAGCGUCAGCGAUCACUAUGUCUCCGACAUGGUGCUUCAGGGCACUUGUGCACCGCCCAACAAGUGGGAAAUGCAUCUCCGCGAGGACCUGGCACUGGCCGCACGCUCGGCCUCACUCAUCUCACAGCCGGCGGAGAAUAUUGCCAUUGUGGCGGACAUGGACAAGUGGGAUGUGCGCCUGAUCUCGUCGCAGGCACAGCAGUUUCCCUAUGCCGGGGGCCAGAGCUCGCCCGUGGGCAUGUCGCAGUUGGUUUCGAGCAUGCUGGAAACGGUUCAGGCCAUGCACGCUGGCGGCAUACCCGCCUAUGAGUGCCUGUCAUUUCUGGAGUCAAAGCUGCAGGAAAUCUAUCUGCAGUCGGAAACGCUGGCCGCCUUUUUGCUGGAAACGGAUCCAUGUCGGCUGAGUGACAUUACCACGCCGCUGCAGCUCUCCGAGAACGAUGUGCCGCUGCUGCUUUCGAUUGCCUACAUACACACGCCCAAGAUAAGUCGCAAGUGCGGCAUCAGUUUCAGAUGACGAACGCAGAUUCACUGCUGAGGAAAGGACACUACAGGUUAGGAUAGGAACAGGAUAGGAACAGGAUAGGAACAGGAUAGGAACAGGAUAGGAAUAGGAAAAGGAUAGAAGGAUGGAAGGAUAUUAGAUGUGCCCAGUCAUUGCCAGUCAUUGCUUUCAUUGAUUCAACAAGUCGCAUCCAUCUCAUGCAUCAUCCCCAAAGCGAAA